AUGGCAUCGGAGUUCUUCGACGUGGCGGCGGAGGUAGGCAGUGAAGAGGAAGAAGAAGACUAUGAUAGGGAGAACGGUGAAGAUCGCCCUCGCAAGGGUGGCGACAAAGCCAUGGCGGACUCUAGCGAGGAAGAAGAAGAUGACGAAGAUGAGGAGGAGGCCGCAAGAAUCCGCGAGGGCUUCAUCGUUGAUGAAGAGGAGGAGGAAGAGGAACGCGCCCGGCGCCGUGCUAAACGGAAGCGACCACGAAGCGAGCGCGCCGACGGCCUUGAACUGCUCGAUGAGGAAGAUUUAGAUCUUGUUGCCGAAGCGCACGGCGGUUUCGAGCAGCGCACGGCUGCGAAGCCUAAGUUCAAACGACUCAAACAAGGCCACGCCGAUCGGAGUGCACCCGAGCAUCGCGACCUAGCGGACAUAUUCAAUGAUGAGGAGGUUGAAGAGGAGACCCGCCCCCGUGGACGGUUCCAAGGUCUGCCCGAGGACCUGGAUGAUUUCAUCGAGGACGAUGAACUGGAUGAGGAGGAGCGCGAGGCACUUCGCGAAGAAUUGGAGGUUAGAAAACCUGGCGCCCCUCGUGGUCUGGCUGGGAUUGGCGCUAUCGAACAGUCCGGGCUCGAUGAAGCUGCUCUGGAAGACCUACGGAUGGCUUUCGGUGAUGGCACAGAAUACGAUUGGGCCUUGGAGAUUCAAGAUCAGAUCGACGAGGAAGAACAAGGACUCGGAGAGGAACUCACUCUGAAGGAUGUUUUCGAACCAUCCCAGCUCGUGGAGCGAAUGCUUACGGAUGAAGAUAACGAAAUCCGUAAUACCGAUGUCCCGGAACGGUUCCAGUUGGCGAGGAAGUCGUUCAAACCGUUGGAUCUCUCCCCCGAACAGAUGGCUCAACGAAGCAGCGAAGAAGCCGUGUGGGUCACUGGAAUGAUGUUCCCGAAGAAGCGCCUGGAGAGAGCAUUAUUGGAGCCAUUCCAGCAGGCGGUUGCCAAAGUGUUGCAGUUCUUCAACGUCGAUGAAUUCGAAGUUCCUUUCAUUUUCCAGCACCGCAAGGACUAUGUCAUCCAUGCUACUGAGCAUAUGGUCAAUGGCAAGAAAGAGAUCAAUGCGGAUCGUUUGUUGGAUCAAGGAGACCUAUGGCAGAUCUUCGACCUCGAUUUGCGGUAUAGGGGUAUGGCUGAGAAGCGCGACUCGGUCCGGAAAUCCUACGAGUCCAUCAAGCCGAUCCUACCCCAACCAGAUAAAGUACUCGAAGAGCUUUUACCGGUUGCGAUCAACAUGGAGGACGUCCAGGAUCUGCAAGAUUAUCUCCACUUCCGUUACGCUGCUGAGCUGAAAGAUGUCCACGCCGCGGAUGCAGGGACCAACGGCACCCAGAAGCGCGCUCGUGCCUCGAGAAGUACAUGGGAAAGGGUUCGAGCAUCAAGAGUGUACCAACUCGUCCGAGCAUUUGGACUUUCUGCAGACCAGCUUGCGAAAAGUGCACUGAAUCCCGGCCAAAGAGAAUACACCGAAGAUGCUUCCAGCCGGCCGGACGAUAUGGCUGACGGCCUCUUGGAUUCUCCUGAUUUCCCUACUGGAUCGGUAGUUCUCAAAGCUGCAAAGGCGAUGUUUGCCGAAGAGAUUUUCGUGUCUCCGCGAAUGCGCAAGUAUGUCCGCAAGUCUUUCUAUGAGGAAGGCAUUCUUGAUUGUUUCCGAACCGAGCGAGGUGCCCGACAGAUUACGGAGGACCAUCGAUAUUUCGAAUUCAAGUACCUCCGAAACCAGGACUUCACCGCCAUUGCCCGUCGACCUGAACUCUAUCUUCGCAUGCUCAAGGCCGAAGCGGAGGGACUCGUUGAAGUCAAGAUCAGUUUGCAGAGCAAGAGGCGGUUUUCCGAGAAUCUCUACCGACUUAUCGAAUCCGAUAGUUUGAGUUCUGUUGCAGAUGCAUGGAACGAGGCGCGCCGCGAUGUUGUCGAUCUCGCCCUUCAAAAGCUCGAGCAAAAUAUCGCGAAAUCAGUCAAAGAGACGUUGAAGGUAGAAUGCGAGAAUGAGUUGGGACGUACGAUCCGCGAGAAGUACUAUACGAAGCUUGACCAAGCACCUUAUCGGCCGAAAGGCAUGGUCAAAGGAACGGAACCGCGAGUUCUGGCUCUUACCAAUGGUCAUGGCGGCAGAGAUGCAAUUGUCUGGACCUAUGUUGACGAAGACGGUCGCGUACUAGAACACGGGAAGUUCGUCGAUCUGCGGGCUGGGAAUCCCGAGAAAGACAUCCCGGAUGGAAAAGAUGUAGAGCGGUUCCUUGAGCUCGUUAACAGACGGCAACCCGACGUCAUCGGAGUAGGCGGCUUCUCCGUCGAGGCGCGAAAACUGUAUAAAGAGGUACAGGAUAUUGUCGAUCGGCAAGACCUUCGAAGCUCCGAGUUUGAAGAUGAAGAUGGAAACUUCAAGACCGACAGGCUCGAAGUUAUGAUCGUCAACGACGAGACUGCACGCCUAUACCAUACCAGCGACCAAGCAACAGCUGACUAUCCGGGCUUCGCACCCCUCGCAAAGUAUUGCGUUGGCCUUUCUCGCUACCUGCAAAACCCCCUGCUUGAAUACGCUGCUCUUGGAAAGCACAUCACUUCGAUCUCAUUCGAAGCUAAUCAAGACUUACUCCCCAAAGACAAGCUACUUCGGUACUUGGAGAGCAGCAUGGUCGAUCUGGUGAACCUUGUCGGUGUCGAAGCGAACAUGGCAAUGAGCGACUCUCGUAUCGCAAACCUGCUCCCAUACAUCUCCGGUCUGGGCCCGAGAAAGGCUGCCCAGAUGGUCAAGGCCAUUAACAUCAAUGGCAGCGUUGUCCACACUCGUGACGAGCUUUUGGGCGAUCCCGACAAGAAACUGAUUCAGGCGGUUGGACCGCAAGUCUGGAAGAAUUGCGCCAGUUUUCUCUACAUCACCUACGAUUCUACUGAAACCGAUUCCGACUACUUGGACAAUACUCGUGUCCAUCCCGAGGACUACUACCUGGCCCAGAAAAUGGCUGCCGAUGCCCUCGAGCUGGAUGAAGAAGAUAUCAAGGCUGAAGUGGAUGAAUCCGGUCCGGGUGCUGUGAUCCGGAAGCUCAUCAAAGAAGAAGCCCAAGAAAAGGUCAAUGAUCUUGUUCUGGAGGAGUAUGCUGAGCAGCUUGCGACCAAGUUCAACCAACGAAAACGAGCGACUUUGGAGAACAUCCGCGAGGAGUUGCAAGCACCUUUCGAAGAACUUCGGAAACCAUUGAUCAUCCUGACGCACGAGGAGAUCUUCUCGAUACUUUCUGGCGAGACAAAAGAGUCACUGAUCGAGGACAUGAUCAUUUCCGUGAGCAUUUGGAAGGUGUUCUCCAACCAUAUCGAGGUUCGCCUUGACAAUGGUAUGGAUGGCACCAUUUCAGAGGGCGAGUUCCCAGAUGGCGUUGGCGGAGAGCGCGGCCUCGACCCCAGAGACGUCUUUGCCCGGAAUCAAACCAUUCAAGCUAAGCUCCUACACCUAAACAAGCGGCAGUUGCACGCAACACUCAGCUUGAACGAGCGUGCCCUCAAAAGGGGAUAUAGAAAAGAGCUCGACCACAACCCUGGUGAAUGGGACUUUGUGCAACACAACGAGGACGUAUCUGAUGAGAAGAAGGCAAAAGAGCAAAAGGCUGGACGAGCUCAACGGGUCAUUAAACACCCAAACUUCCGGCCUUUCAACUCGGCUCAAGCGGAAGAAUACCUUGGUUCUCAAAGCCGCGGGGAUGUUGUCAUCCGUCCCAGUUCUCUUGGAACCGAUCAUCUCGCCGUUACAUGGAAAAUCAGCGACACGAUCUAUCAGCACAUUGACGUCGUGGAGCUAUCCAAAGAUAAUGAUUUCAGUGUCGGCAAAAAGCUCGUCGUGGGCAAAUACACGUACAGUGACUUGGACGAUCUUAUUGCCAAUCAUGUGAAUGCCAUGGCAAAGAAGGUGGAGGAGAUGGUAAACGACGAGAAAUACCAGGCGCGGAGCAAGGCCGCCACAGAUGAGUGGCUCAACACAUACAGCAAGGCCAAUCCCAGGCGUUCGAAUUACGCUUUCUGCAUUAACCCCAAAUACCCCGGGUACUUCUUCUUGAGCUUCAAACCUGGGCAGAAUGCCGAGAUCUGCAGUUGGCCAGUAAAAGUCACCCCUGUUGCGUUCGAGCUGCAGAAAAACCAGUACCCGGACAUGCGCGCUCUUAAGAAUGGAUUCAAAGUGCUCUUCCAAAAUCAGAACCUGACUGUUAGAGGCGGUCCUCCUCCAAGGCGUUAA